CGCCACUGUGUUGGAGAAUUGUAGCGAGCCGAAAUUUGAUACUUUUUAAUCUUUUAAAUUGCUUUUUUAUAGCACAAGAUAACUUCGAUCAUGCGUUAAGGCCAAAAUAGCCAUCGUCGGUUCCCACGCUCAAUCACUACGUUCUGUCCCGUGGGUUCAUAUGACAAAUUUGAGAUAUAGCUAAUAAUUUGCGGUGAAUCAAGGUGAGGAUAGGUCCGAAACUUGAUGAAGCAAGAUACAAAAUAGCUUGGCUAAAGGUAAAUACGCAUAAAUAACCGAAUAGAUAUAAACGUACAUAUACAAACGUGUCCAUUAAUGUUCAUUAAAGCGAUUUUCGUGUUUAAUUACCAACUAUUGGUAAAUAUAUACGGGAUGUAGUAGUAAUUACUUUAUUUCACACAGUGUUUCGAGGAGUUAAAUAUCACAACGCACCUGCAACAGGCAACGCAAAAUGGAGCCGGGGAUGGAGCCAUAUCGUGUUAAAAGUGUUGAAGAAAUACCAUUUCUCACAGCGAAAGAACGAAAGGAUGCCAUCUUGAAAGCAGAUUUCAACCCAUAUAGAAUGUUAGCUUCAAAUAUAACAAUUGAUCUGAUAACAGAUUCUGGAUUUUCCGCCAUGAGUACAAAACAAUGGUCUGCAAUGAUGUUAGGCGACGAGUCCUACGCUGGAUCUGCCAGUUUUGAACGCUAUCAGAGUGCGGUCCAAGACAUAACUGGCUAUAAAUAUGUCCUACCAGCGCAUCAAGGGCGGGCGUGCGAGAAAGUAUUGUUCAAUGCACUUGUGACAGAAGGUUCUGUUAUUGUGAACAACAACCACUACGACUCAACGAAGACAAAUAUAUCUCUGAAUAAGGGCAUUGCACUGGAUAUCGCCAUGGUAACUGAUGACACUGCUGAUUUUCCUGGGAAUAUGGAUAUCGAUAAACUGAAAAAAGUACUUGAAGAAAAGGGUGAAGAAAUUCCUCUUGUUAUGAUAACAGUGACGAACAACAAAAUGCGAGGGCAACCCGUGAGCAUGGCGAAUAUCAAGGCUGCUUCUUAUGUUUGCAAAGCUCAUGGCAUACCCUUUAUUCUAGACGGAUGUAGAUUUGCAGAGAAUUCUUGGUUCAUAAAGGAGAGAGAGGAUGGCUAUGGCGAUAUGACUCCAAGAGAAAUUGCAAAAGAAAUGUUCUCAUACGCUGAUGGUUGUAUGAUUUCAGCAAAGAAAGACGCCAAUUCCACCAUGGGUGGUGUAUUGGCCAUGAAUUCAGAAGAUCUUUAUGAUCAAUGUGUCCCGUAUGUCAUUGCUACAGAAGGCCAUACAACAUAUGGUGGUCUAUCUGGUCGCGAUUUGGAAGCAGUAGCUGUUGGAUUGUAUGAGGUCCUGGAUGAGAGCUAUCUGCGUUAUCGCAGAGCUAAUCUGAAGUUCUUUGAAGAAGAACUAAUUAGCCAAGGUGUUCCUGGUGUCUUUCCAGCAGGAGGACACGCCAUAUACCUGAAUGCUAAUAAACUAUGCCCAAAGAUACCAGCUGAUGAGUUUCCAGGAUUAACCUUCGCUGGAUUGUUGUAUAUUGAGAGCGGAGUGAGGUGUUUGGACAUUGGAUCAUUCAGCCCAAAUGCUUCAGAUCUGAUCCGCUUAGCCGUUCCUAGACGAGUUUAUACGACUGAGCACCUAAAAUAUGUGGCGAGAAUGAUAGCACGAGUUGCAGAAAAGAAUAAGGAUCGAGAAACUGGGUUGACAAUGACCCGGUCGCGGACCAAAUCGGCACAGUACAAACACGUGACAGGUUCUUUUAAGAUGAAGGAAGAUAUGUAG